GCUGAAACUAUAUUUAAAGUGGAAAUUCCACAUUUAUUUACCAGACCUAGAUCGAGUACAACAUACGCUCACAUACGACUGAUUAACAGCUCCCAGACACAACUAACUGGUGUUACGCGUAAGGAAGAUGAUGGACACUGACAAGGAUUCAGCUGGGGGUCAAUGCCUCUGUCGUCCUCGUGAUAACUACAAACUUAGACGCUACAUUAACAGCAAGGACGAGUUGAUCGGUACGUUUUGUACCACAUGUAGUACAGAAAACCUCACGCGAGAAUAUAUAGUCAAGGGAAAAGAAGAGGUGGAGGGAAGAAAUAUCAGCGAAAAUUCCAAACUUCUUCCACGAUCUCCUCCGAAUUUGAGCGAAAAUAGAGCAUUCCAAGUUCAAAGUUCAAAAACAGAAAUUGUCUCGAAACAAUUCGCCGACAUAAUUAAGAAAGGCGACCAAAUUACAUGGCAAAGGCGAUUAGGUUACUGGCAUCAUGCAAUUGUUGAGGAUGUUGUUGUGGAAACGAGUGAACUUAAGUUGAUUCAGUGGAACAAGGGAAGGAUGAUUGCAUCAAAAUUAUGCGGGACUGUCUAAAAGUUGAUGCCAAGGAAGAUGGAUAUUUUACCAAGAUGUUCCGCAUAGAAUACCCAGAGGAAAUAACUGAGAUGAACGAUCAUGAAUUGGUUUUGGCAAGAGCUCGGUCGAGAAUAGAUGAUACGGGAUAUUCUCCUUUUACUGACAAUUGUGAAUCUUUCGCAACAUACUGCAAAACUGGUGUCGAGAAAUCACACCAGCUGGCCUGGCUGAAUGGAAAAGUAAAUGAGCUCAUUACACAUAAUAUCGUUACCUCUGCCAGGUCUGUAGUCAACGGGACAUACAAAAUUAUUCAGAAAACAGCUACUAUCGCGAAACAAACACUGCCAAAUGCAAUACAAGAGGCACCACUUGCUGCUGGAAAAAUAUUUCCGGCGGAAGGAAUCGAAACUGCUAUAAAAGGAAGCAACUUGGUCGGAGCUGGAAUUGUUAUAGUGUUAGAAGCAGGAUUCGUAACCUGGGACUUGAGUCAAGCUUAUGGAGAGAGAAAAAAGGGGAAUACCUCAAGAAAUGAUUUCAUCGAGACAACUAUCCGAAGAUUGGUGGAAGGUGUUAUGAGUGCUGGUUUAUCCAUACUGUUCUCUCUUGGUCCAGAACUUAUCGGGAUCGCUGUAGGAUCACCGCUUGGUCCUGUCGGUAUCAUAAUCGGUGGUAUAGUAGGAGGAAUCAUCGGUGGAGUAGUAGGCAAAGUUGCCGGAACUGCUCUUGGAAGUUUGAUAGGGAAGGCUAUUUCCUCUUCAUUCAAAACCGAUGAUAGAACAGUGACAAGUAUAUCCGACCUACAAUGUGGUGACCAUAUUGUCGUGUACAGCUGGCUACUACAUCCUCGCUGCCAUGCCAUCGUCGUUGAACACGAUGGGAUCGACAAAAUCAAAGUGAUCCGUAACAGAUACACGGUCGGUGUUGUGGAGGAGUGGAUACCGUUCUCAAAGCCACUGUUCAAGGUCGAGUACAAACAAGGGACGUGCAAAGAUCCCGAGAAUGUUGUACAAAUAGCAAGGUCCAAGCUAGGGGAAACCAAAUAUAAUCUGGCUCUCUACAACUGUAAAACAUUCGCAAGGCGUUGUAAAUCCUCUAUGCAUGUUGAACCAGAGGAAGAGCCAUGGCAACUGAUAAACUAUGAUGACAUUCCGGAGGAGGCACUUCAGCAGCCUUGUCGUACGGAACCAGUACCCAACAGCGACAUGGCUAUCUCAUAAUUCAGAGGAUGAUGUGAAUGUUUGGUCUCUUGUAAAAUUAUUUGUUUAUAUAUUGGGUUGAUUCCCUAAUCAUAGCUUUGUAACAUUAAAUUUCUCCAAAGUUAUCUAUAAAUGGUUUAAUAAGAAGUUGUAUAAUAUAUAAUGUAUAAUGUA